UUAAUCAUCUCGGACAACACCUCUAAAGUGGCAUAAAAAAUAAAAGCAGAAUGGCAUAAAAAUAAAUGAUAAAUCUACACUUCCUGGGUUCCUUUACGACACACAACUGGCCAAUCACUGUGCAGGGGCUCGGGAAGCGAUGGAAUGGGAGUAGUGGGGUCCAGCGAGGGGAGGAUUUAUUUUUAUUCUUUUAUGUCAGUCUGACCCUUUAAAAAUAUAAUCUCCAACCCCUUUAAAUCUCAAUAAUGAGGUGAUUGACGGUUUGAAUGAACUAUCACUAUGCAAGAGCACAAGUACCAACCACACUACAAGUCCCAGGAAGAAUCCUCACCAGUUGCCAUAGUUACAAGCCCCGUCCCUUCUGAAGGACUAGCCGGUCCUCCUCACACAACAGAUUUCAAUAAAAGCCGCUGUCAAAACAACAGAUGGUUGCGUCACUGCCGCAAGUGACGUCACCAUCCCUUCCGAGGGUUCGCGCAUGCGCCCGAGGCCUCUAGAUGACAAUACUCACUGCGCCAUCACAACAAUAGUGAAGGCGAAACCGACAAUGGCGACCCGCGCGUUACACACAGGAGACAAGAGACAAAAACGGACAGCCGGAGAGAAAGACUGGGGAGCAGCUACCAGAACGCGAGCGCCCGUGUCACCUCUCGCCCUCCUCUCCUUUCGAGAACCUUCUCCUAGGCACAGCCAGCCCCCGAGUGACGUCAGUGCCCCAGCAACCAAUCACAGAAGGCAGGCACAUAAUGAUCCACCCGAUUUGGUGUUGAAACGGAUUACAUAAUAAGAUGCCCAAAACAUUGUCUACGAAAGUAAUUCCCAGUGAGAACUCGGACAGUGACUGCAACAUCAUGGUUGAAAAACCAUCAGGACGAAAGAAUAAGGAAAAAAUGGCAUCCUAUGCCAGGACUCCAAAACUGGAUAGAACUGAAGUUGGGAAAGAUAUGAAAGAGAAGUCAUCAAUGAAACGAAAACUGCCCUUCACAAUCAGCCCACCCAGAGAAGAAGAACGAGAAUCUGACACUGAUUCUGAAGCAGGACACACAAGUGAAAACUGGGGCGAGCGAUUAACUCCUCCUUACAGCACAUUUACAGAGAAAGAAGGACCGGAGAAAAAAAAGAUGAAAAAGGAGUCCGGAAGCAAAAAAUCUACUCCUGUCAAUAUCCUCUUUGGUUACCCCUUAUCUGAGCGAAAGCAGAUGGCUCUGCUCAUGCAGAUGACUGCCAGAGACAACAGCCCAGACUCUACCCCAAAUCACCCUUCACAAGCCACACCAACUCCGAAGAAAACGCCAACAUCCUCCACAAGACAAAAAGACAAAGUAAAUAAAAGAAAUGAACGCGGAGAAACUUCAUUGCACAUGGCAGCUAUACGAGGAGACAUAGGUCAAGUGAAGGAGCUUAUUCGUCUUGGUGCAAAUGUCAAUGUUAAAGACUUUGCAGGUUGGACACCGCUACAUGAAGCUUGUAAUAUGGGAUAUUAUGAUGUCGCAAAGCUUUUAAUCGCGGCUGGAGCUGAUGUAAAUACCCAAGGGCUGGAUGAUGAUACACCUCUUCAUGACGCAGCAAGCAGUGGGCACAGAGACAUUGUGAAGCUACUUCUCCGUCAUGGUGGAAAUGCGUUCCAGGCCAACAAACAUGGUGCUCGGCCAAUUGAUGUGGCUGAGACAGAAGAGCUUGAACAGCUACUGAAGCGAGAAGUGCCCCUUUCUGAUGAUGAUGAAAGUUAUACUGACUCUGAAGAGCCACACUUCACCAACUUGUCCAGUGUGGACGAGAAUUUGGACUCCGAAGGAGACAAGGAGUCGCUCAUUAGCGAAGCCAAGCCUCCUAAAGGGCCACCGUCUACUCCAGGUCUUGAUGAAUACGAAUUUAAAGAUGAAGAGGAUGAAGAUGAUGAUGAUGAUGAUGAUGACGACAAUGAUGAUGAGGAUGAUGAUACGGAAAUCAAUAAAAUGUUGGAAGACAAGCAUAUGGUCAAGAUUGACAUGAAAAAGGAGAACACUGAAGAAAGUGAGAACUUUUAUGUAAAAAAAGAGAAGAUAGAGUUUCCAAAACUGUAUAAAAAUCGAAAAGCAAAAUCUUCUCGGCUUUUGUUCACAAGCUCUGAUAGUUCAGAUGAUGAUUUGUUGCCUGAGAGAGUGGGACUGAUAUCAGAAAGCCUAAAUUCUGACAGCCGACUGAAAGAAUUCAGUGUUUUACAGGAACAGAAAGAGAAGGGUAAAGUUAAGAGGAAACUGAAAAAUCAAAGCAAGAACAAGGAGAACAAGGAAUUAAAACUUGAAAAAGAUAAAAAGGAAAAUGUUAAAGUGGUAAAUCUAGUUAUGAGCUCUGCUUUAGAUUCAUUAGACAAAUCCAGAGAUGAAGAUGUAUUUAGGAAGUCUUUGUGUACCAAGGAUGAAGGGUCAUUACAUUUAUUACAGAUCACUUCGGGCAAAUCCCCUAAGCAUUCCUAUACAUUUAUUGAUAAGCAAUCAACACCCCUAAAGCAAGAGAACAGUAAAAUGUGUGUUUCACCUCCAGAUGGAUCAGAGUCCUCAUUGCAACCAGACUUAUAUCGUUAUGAUCAGAGUCCUGACUCAGACUAUGCACUGGAAAGUUCAAGCACCACAUUUUCCAAGUAUAAGGAAAAAAGUAAGCAUCUAAAAGACUAUUUUACAGAGUAUGGAGAGAGGCCAGUUACUAAGUGCAAAGAAGAUGACAAAAGCCUUUCAUAUGAGACCCCAGAAUAUAUUGCUAAGAAGUCAGACAAGGAAGGCAAAGUACUAAAAAAACACAAAGUAAAACAUAAAGAAAGGGAAAAGGACAAAGUUAAAAAAGAACCAGAUGCUGAGAAGGAGAAAAGCAAACCGAGAGAGAACAAUAAAAAUGCACAAAGAAAUAUUGAGUUUGAUAGAGAAUUUUGGAAAGAGAAUUUUUUUAAAAGUGAUGAAAAUGAUGAUGAAUUUAUGAGCAAUGAAUCCAAAACUGCACCAGUAGAAAAAAAAGCCAAACUGGAAAAAACUCCAAUAAAGGGAGAAAAAGCACAAGAGAAUCAUGACCACAGAGAAAGUUGUAAGGAUGAUCUAGAGGAAACCAAAAAAAAGGAAAAAGAUGGUAAUAAUCUUUUCUCUGAGAAAGACGCUGAUCUGUUUCCACCAAAUGUGCUUAACAAGGAUGAUUCUUCAAACUUGGAAAAAGAAGCAGAGUUAGAAAAAAAGGUAAGAGAAAAAACUGAUAAAAGGUUGGCAUUAAAAGAAAAGGACAUAGAUAAACUGGAUAAAAAAAGUGCAGAGAAGGAGAGAAAAGCAAAGCAAGAUCAUAAAUCUGAUAGGGAGAAAAUGGAAGUACACGAUAACUCUGAAAAAUGCAAAAUCCAUUUACAGUCUUUACAAAAAGAAAAUGAUAAAAUUAAAAACUCAUCUUCCAGUAAAGAAAAGUCUAAAGAUAAAUUUGAAAAAAAGGGUGACAGGACUGAAAAGGAUAGGCAUAUUGGUGAGCAGAAAGCUUGUUCUGAUAAAAAAAUCAAACCAUCUGAAAAAGAUCUGGAAACAAACAAAUUGGACAAAGGGAAACGUAGGGAGCGCGAAUACAAAAAGAAAGAAAAGUCUAAGGAAGGAGAAUAUACUGCUGGGACUAGUGGGAAGCACAGUCAGGAGGACCGUAAGCAAGGUAGCAGUGAAAACGGCAAAAUCCUGCACGAAAGAUUGUCAGUAGUAAAGGAUAAGAACAAAGAAGAGCAACAAAAAAUUACAGAUUACAAAGAACGAGACAGGAAAGAUAAAGAAAAAGACAUUGAUCGAUACAAAGAAAGAGACAAACAUAAAGACAAAACACAAACUAAUAUAUUGAAAAUUAAACCAAAAGAGGCAGAAACUGAGAAAUCUAAGCUAAAAUUACAAAUUAUAAAAGAUACACGACCUAAAGAGAAACGACUGGUUAAUGAUGACCUUAUGCAAACUAGUUUUGAACGAAUGCUUAGUCUCAAGGACCUAGAAAUUGAACAGUGGCACAAAAAGCAUAAAGAAAAAAUAAAACAAAAGGAAAAAGAGAGGCUUAGGCAUAGAAACAGUACAGACCUUGGUAAGAUCAAGGGAAAAGAAAAGCAGAGACAUGUACAAACACCUUCUAAGAGCAAAGAGCUGAUGAGAUCCAAAAGUUCAGAAACAUCAGAUGUCUGUACAAAAGAGAAGUUAUUAAAGGAUGCAACAAGCUGCAGGUCACAAUCUGUAGAUGGCAAGAAUCUGAUGCACACUGGAAAGACUCUUUUACUUUUAGAGAACAAUAAUUUUGCUAGGUCUCCCAGAUCAGAGAGUGAAAAAACGGGUCUGAGCUCCAGAUCAAUAUCUAUGAUUUCAGUUGCUAGUUCUGAGGAUUCGUGUCAUGCCACUGUGACCACUCCAAGAGCUACAAUAGAGUAUGAUUCAGACUUUACACUUGAAGGUUCAGACUCUCAAAUGUCAUUCUCUCAGUCCCCAUUUUUGCCAAGUGCAAAGUCACCAGCUGUUCAUGAGCGAGAACUAGACAGCCUUCCUGAGUUGCCUGAUCGUGUUAAACCAACUGUGACAAAUAGACUUAUCCCGAAUUAUCUCAGGUCAGUCUCGGUUGAAGAUAGUAAGUUGGCAAUAGGUGAAUGCAGGCCUGUUGUAGAAGUAAGACGAUGCAGUAUGCCUGCUACUUUUGUGGAACAAAUAAAGCCGCCUUCAGCAGUAUUGGAAAGUACUUUACAGGAUACGUUAUCAGCAGCUCCAUCACUGCCAAAUAGCUGCCUGUCUCCUAAACCAGAAAUAUUAUCAUCAGAGAGUGAUUUUGCCAGUACUAUUUCAAAUUGCCAUCCUAGCAGUAGAAAGUCUUUGCCAUUCAGUAAGACUCCUGGAGACUCGAAUACUUUCAAGCCAGAAACGCACUUAAAUUGUGAAGGAUUCUCUGGUCAUGUAGCAGAUGGACCAGGCUGUCAUACAGAGGCACCUUCAACUUUGCCAGAGACCGAAACCGCUAAAUUGGUUUGUUCUGAGCACGAGUCUCCCGUCAUUACUGAGGUUGGAAAACAAGGAUCACAUGAUCCACACCCCCCUAGGCAAGAAAACUUAAAAACAGCUGCACAGAAUGUUUCCAUAUUGCCUUCUACUACACCUUGCCCUAGUGUUACAAAUGCAUUAGCUUCUGAAACAGAGAGUUCCCCAAAAUCGACUCAACUCGACAAUUCUAAAGAAAUACAGAACAUUGUAGAGGAAGAGCAAAUUUCAUGUGCCAACACAAAAUGUGCUGAAGGACAAGAUAUAUUCGAGGUUGAACCAAAACUUUCUCAAGUGGAGAAAACUACAGUGUCCCCUGAACCAUCUUUAGAAAAUGUUCAUCCAAUUGAAAAGAUAAAAAUUAUACUCUCAGACUGUGCUGUUGAUAAAGUGCUAAAAGAUGAGGAACAGGGGGACCCCCAAAGUAAUGCUUCUGCAAAAGAAGCCAUUUUGACAGAUAAAUCAAUUGAUUUGCAGUGUAUUAGUAAGGAAAGCAAACCCCUAUCCGAGCAUGCGACACCUUCAGUAGCUAACCAUAAAAGCAAUUUCGACUUGGAAAGAACAUUCCCAACAGAAGUCCCUAAAGACAGUUCUCCUAUUCUAGUCAACCAAUCUGUACACUCGAGAGAUAUGGCACCGAAAAAGGCUGAACAAUUACAAAGUGCAUCUGAAACGAAUACCCUGUCGGUUCAAGAGGAGAUGCAGAAAUUCAGUCAGUCUAUUAAAAUGGAAGUGGAUGAAAACGCAGAGCUGAAGACGGAACCACAAGAAAUUCCACAGAGGAUUACAAGAAACCGCGCUAAUAUGUUAGCCAAUCAGAAUAAACAGAUGCAGGCAUCCUACUCACAUACUCCAGAAAAGGAUGCGGUUGACACCUCCAUAGCACUAAGAGGAAGGAUUCGUUUAUCUGAGGAGGAUGAUGUACAAGUACAUCAUCCACGGAAAAGGAAGAUGUCACGUGUGCCUCAACCAGGUCUUGUCAAUCCUUCAAUACAACAAGCUAAAGAGAAGACGCAGCAGUCCUUAGCAGCUGUUGUAGAUUCUCUGAAGCUCGAUGAUAUUCAACCAUAUCAGUGUGAGAGGGCGAAUCCGUAUUUCGAGUAUCUCCAUAUAAGGAAGAAGGUUGAGGAGAGGCGCAAGAUGUUGUGUAGUGUUAUCCCUCAGGCACCACAGUACUACGAUGAGUAUGUGACCUUUAAUGGCUCCUAUCUGUUGGACGGGAACCCCUUCAGCAAGCUUUGCAUACCAACGAUAACACCCCCUCCAUCCCUGUCUGAACCACUGAAAGAGCUUUUUCGACAGCAAGAGGUUGUACGGAUGAAGCUCCGUCUGCAGCACAGCAUUGAAAGGGAGAAGCUUAUUGUUUCUAACGAACAAGAGGUUUUGCGUGUACACUACCGAGCAGCCAGGACAUUAGCCAAUCAGUCCCUGCCCUUCAGUGCCUGUACCGUAUUGCUGGAUGCCGAGGUGUACAACGUCCCACAGGAGUCUCAGAUAACCACAGGACAGUUUUACAGUGGCGCACGUGAUGUGGAUGAAAAAAGAAAAGUGAAGACAGAAGAUGGGAAAGCAUCUGUACGAGACAGGUUCAACGCCAGGCAGUUUAUGUCUUGGCUACAUGAUGUUGAUGAUAAAUUUGAUAAAUUAAAGACAUGUUUACUGAUGAGGCAGCAGCAUGAAGCGGCGGCGCUUAACGCAGUUCAGAGGUUAGAGUGGCAGCUCAAACUACAAGAACUGGAUCCAGCCACAUACAAAUCUGUCAGCAUUUAUGAGAUUCAGGAAUUCUACGUUCCACUUGUGGAGGUCAACGAUGACUUUGAACUGACUCCUAUAUGAUGUUGUCAUACUUCCUCCGUAGACUGCACUUCUGCAUGCUGCGCUGCAGACAAACCGUUUGGUAACUAUGGGGAGGGCACAGCCUCUGUGAGGAAUACUUGCACUGUUUCUUAAGAGGGAAUGUCUUGAAGACAUCCAAGCGCACACCGUGGAUUAGGAUGUGCAUAUAGAAGUUAUUUUAUAUAAAUAUAUUUAAUCAUAG